GCAAUUGCAGUCAAAUACACGUUUUCAAUUGGUCAGUGUAAGUUUGUGCCAAUGGGCUUUGCUUUCAGCACGUUUACAACCAGCUGUCCUUCAAACACUCCGCAGAGCACUCCGCCCGCUUCCAGUCCGCUUGAAGGAAGCAGAGYCGUCAAUCCAUUACCGAGAAGCGCCGACCUCCCUGUGCUUUCGCCACCAUCAGCAAGCUCGGGAGCGACCGCCACCAUCGACAAGAUGAGAGAUAGAUUGAAUUACAAAGUAGCGCAACAGGUGCAGUACGGCAAGGGAACAAUAGCAGGGAAGGAUGGGAUCCGAAAACGACAGGAGGUGAGCGGGAUUGAUGGGGCAACAACUACAAAAAACAAAAGACRCAGGACGAUUCGACAGGCAGAGAAGCAAGAUCCGAGGCAUGCCAGAUUUUAGCAUAAUGAAAGCAUGUGGCCACG